AUGUCUAAGGAAGCAUUGCAAAUGUAAGAAUAAUAUUUUACUGAGAAUUCUCUUUUAUAAUACUAUUUUCUUCUACAUUCUGGUUUAUUGUGCUGUUUUAACUCCCUGCUAGUGAGCAUGUGCUCUUCACGAUGCUGCUGCUGUUACUUUUUUCUUGUAUGGUUUGGUAAAUAGCAGAGGGAACUUCAAGGAGAACGUUAGGUGUGAAGAAAAGUCUCCUAAAGUGAAUUGGCUGGAUCACGCCAAAGCUCAUGAGAACUUCGCGUGCCAAGAGAAAUUUCUGAGUUCAAAUUUUCUUUUCUCUCUACCAGCACAGAAGUCCAGUGCAGAAAGAAUGCUCCGCACAAGGUCCUUUUCAGACAUCCGCCUAUAUUAUUCACAUUAUUUCUUUGUUAAUAUCUAAGAUAUUCUCAAAAUAUUACAAAGUCCAAUCUCAGCUUACAAGUUUUAAGCAGAGUUUCAUUGAAGAAAGGAAUAAUUAUUUCGAUUUUUAUCAUAAUCAAUUUCAAAAUUGCAAACAUCAUUUUUACUUAAAACGAAGGAUUUCUGGCGUUAUCAGCAUUAUUGGUUCACUAGUAGGUUAUGGUUUUUUUACUUCUGCUCGUUUGUUGCAUUGCCAAUCCUUAAUUGCAGCUUACAUACCGUAAUUUUUGUGAUAAAACGAUGUAAUUCUAAGUAUUAUUUCACUCAUCUCAGGCCUCUAGUUUAUAAUGUUCAAGGAAUUGAUAAGGUGCGAAAGUCAGAUGUUGAGAGGGUAUGUUUGAUAUUUUUUUUGGUUUAGAUAGUAUUUCCUUACUUCCGUUUAUCUGUAUUGUCACAUUUUGGAUCUCAUGUUCCGUAAUAAACAUAUUGGUCCAGGCUUGGAAAACUCUUAGUUGCCUUCAGGUGGGCAGCAGGAAGUACGUAAAACCAGGAUCAACGCAUCCCCAGCAAAACCGAGGUGGGGGCAAUUAUAUCUCCCAUUCUUUGGAGGCUUCUAAAUAUAAUGGAAGAUCAGAGGCAACAAGUUCUAUAGAUACAAUCAAACUGUCCAAAGGCACAAUGAACGGAAGUUUUAAUGCACAUCGUCAAGAUUCUCUUGCUCAAGGUGAUAAAUGACCUGAUUUCUAGUGCGUUUUUUUUCUUGAUGAAUAUGUUUUCUGUUUGAAGUUGAACUCCAAUUGAUGAAUACUUGGAUGUAAAGGUAGAAGAGAGACAUCUACGCCGUUAUCUUCACAUUCAACUCUUCAAAAUGGGCGUUUUCAUUUUGAAAAGAAUAAGAAUUUCAGUGAAACUCUCUUAGAUGGCGUUGAUGAUGAUGAUAUUCUGAAGGUAAAUGUCACUGCCAAAGUAUGACCCUAAACUGAUAAGAAUUUCAUGUUCAGAAAGACCACUAUAUUGAUCCUUGGUCACUGGAACUUUGUUGCCAGAAUAUUGAUGUUGACCAGAUAGUCCUUGCCCACUAUCAAGCAACAAGCACACCCGAUGCGACAGUAUCUAAAUUUUCACCAUUUACUCCAGUUGCAAAUGGGGAAAAUAAUUCUUUACCAAGUGGAAAUAUGGUCCCAGCAGAACUUUGUGUAAAAUGUAAUCACCAUGUUGAGGUAUGUGCUGUGCAUUUAACUUCUGUGUAAAAUGUGAUUUCUUGCAAAUGUAAUCACCUUCAGGACAUUGAUUUUUUCUUUUUUGCCCUUGAUUAUCCAGCUGGGACUUUGCCCAGAAGCCAAGCAUCAUUUGCAGGAGAUGAAAGAUAAGCUUAUUGCCAUAUCGAAUAAACUUCUUGACAAUGCUGAUGAUUUGAGUCCUCAGCAUUUUGAGGAACUACGCCAAGAACGGUUGGUUCUUUUCUUACACAGAUAUGUUAUAAAGAUGUUUGGAGAUUUUAGAAUAUAUUCUCUGAAUUUAUAGUUAAUCUCCUAAUAUGUGUAUAUAUGGUAGACUGGCGCUGAACAAGAAAAUUCCAGCACUGGAAAAAUAUCUCCAGAGCUUGAUUCAAGAUGAAGAAAGGCAAAGGUCACAUAUGUCAGCAUCAACAGCUGCCUCUCUGAGGUUUCAAUGUGAGACUCCAGUAAGCACGUUACGGGUGGAUUCUCUUAGGUUUGAUUCCCAGAUGUAUAACAAAACAGAAAGUUGUCAUCGUUGGAGUCCUUCUGCUUCUGUUUAUGCUACGGAUAGCUUUAGUGCUGCACCAGGCUAUUUGGAAAGGGAAGUAUUCACUCCAAAGCUUGUUGAAGUUAAUUACAUUGAAGGAUCAAAUGAUAAGAGAUGGAGCAGUACGGAUUUUCUAUGGGCGAAGAAACUUGAAGUACUCCUCUGGACAGUGGUUGUUAUUUUCAAUUCUGCUAUCUGGAACUAAUUUUAGAAUCUUCCUUUCAUAUAGAUCAACAACAGAAAAGUGUUUGGGAAUCAUUCCUUUCGUCCAAAUCAAAGAGAAAUAAUUAACGCAACAAUGAGCGGGUGUGAUGUUUUCGUUCUGAUGCCGACCGGUGGUGGAAAGAGUCUGACUUACCAGGUGGAAAGGCUCUAUUAGUUCUUUCUGUGCAAACAUUCUAUGAAGUUUCUCAUUUUUCCCAGCCUUUUGUUUUGUACCUUAUCCAUCUGCCUUCCAGUAGAACAUUUUUCCGUGGUAAAAAAUGCCUCUAAAUUGCACUUGAAACUAGUUUCCCAAGAAAGAUAUUAUGGACGUGCCCCAUGUUAGAAAGCUCUACAUGUUAUGUUGGCAAAGGGAAUGCUGAUUUUGUUUAUACCAUGAUGUAUUAUAGAUUCUAUUAAUAUUUUGUCAUCACAGUCUAAAGCUAAUGCAUUAAUAUUGGUGCUGUUGAUUUUCAUUACUUCUCUUGUAUAAGUUGAAAUCUCUAAUUUAGUUUGACCUUGUUUAAUUUUUUUUUUUUUCUAGCUUCCCGCUCUUAUUUGUCAAGGAGUUACACUGGUGGUUUCUCCUCUUGUCUCUCUCAUUCAAGAUCAAAUUAUGCAUCUGUUACAGGUAUAUGUUUGUUCUGUCUUGAUAUGGUCAAUAUAUGUAGGACUUGCCGAACAUUUGAUUAUUUCAUAACCCUUGUUUUUCACCGUGUUUCAGGCAAAUAUUCCUGCUGCUUAUUUAAGUGGCAACAUGGAGUGGACAGAGCAGCAGGAGAUCCUUAGAGAAUUAAUUUCUCCGAGUUGUAAAUAUAAAUUACUCUAUGUUACUCCAGAAAAAGUAGCCAGGUCAGUUAUGCUUUGCUUCUGAGAUGGAAUUGGCAUCGUGAUUUGUGCUUAAUGUGAUUUUGUUUGAAAAGGUAUCAAGAACUUUGCUUUGAUUAGAGUUUGAAUGAACACUCGAAUUUAUUCUGGAGUAUUUUUAAAUGUUAUUUAACCUAAAACUAUUUGACAUCUGUGGUAUAAAUAAGGUGUGCGAUAGGGUAGAAUGGCGAAAUAUGGUGCGUCCUCAAUCUGAAUUACGUUUGAUUUGGUGUAUGAUAAAGGUGGUUUGUCAACGCUCGAGUUCUUAAACUAGAGGCUUUCAAGAGUAUCAUAAUCCAUAAAUGGAGUUGCAAAAUGACUUGGAUAAUAUACGUUGGAGAUCUAUAAGCCAUCUUGUCUCCUAAUUCUGAGGACUGCCCUGAGAAAUUUCAUGCCCUUUGUUCAUGAGUUUUAAUAUUUGUUUUGAUCUACGUAGGGACAAGGUCUCAGGAGUUUGAAAAUUCCACGAGUUUUUGGCUAGACCCAUGGGUGAGUCUAGGUUGAUUUCUGACUGGGAUGCCCACUGCUUAUCUUGCCUCUUUGCUCUAUUCUUAGUGCUUCUAGUAUGACAUCAAGCCACAGUGAGCUGUGUUCGGGCAACAGCUCGGAACUUUGGUAGUAUACAAUAUUAGGAUUUAUCUUUAAUCCGAUGAAGAAACCAUAAGUAAACCAUGCUUGUAGAAACCAUAACUAGCACUAUACCUUGUAAGUUCUUGUUGGCCACAUUUUGACUUUCUUUUUUUGCUUGCUUGAAUCCUAUGCUUGCUCCUUGUAGAAGCAGUCACUGUUGAAUUUUACAAAAAAAAUGCUUUCUCCUGUCUUUUCUCAAUUUUAAUAUAAAUUCACCUUCUUCCGCGAAAUCCAAUUGUGAUUUGGAAAAAAAAACAUAUUUAUGAAAACAUGAGGAUGAAACUCUUUAGAAGCAUUUGCUCUUCCACAAUUGGUCAUCUUUUAAAUCAAAAUGGUAAUUUUGUGAGCAAGAUCCAUCAACAUGUUCCUCUAUGAAUGCAGAAGUGACGUCCUAUUGAGACAUUUAGAGAGUUUGAACGCAACUGGUUCACUUUCUAGAAUUGUUAUCGAUGAAGCUCAUUGUGUUAGCCAAUGGGGACAUGAUUUUCGACCAGAUUAUCAGGUUAGAAUAACUAUAGCUUCAGCUUCACUAUUUUUCAGCGCACUUUCAGAAAAUUUUCUGGUCCGAAUUUUGAAUAUAUAUGCCCUGCUGUGCGAAGGGGCUUGGAAUUUUGAAACAAAAGUUCCCAAAUACUCCAGUGCUGGCUUUGACUGCCACUGCGACGGCCAGUGUAAAGGAAGACGUUGUGCAGGCGCUUGGCCUCAUAAAUUGCAUUGUUUUCCGACAGAGCUUCAACAGGCCAAACCUAUGGUAGAUGGCAGAUACCAUUUUCCUUGCUUCUUCCCUAAAAGCAUAUCUCAUCAACUUCUUGCACUCUUCAGGUUUUCCAUAAUGCCAAAGACGAAGAAGUGCUUGGACGAUAUAGACAAGUUCAUCAAGGAGAACCAUUUCGAUGAGUGUGGCAUCAUUUACUGUCUCUCAAGGAUGGACUGCGAGAAAGUGGCCGAAAAAUUACAGGUUCUUCUCCUCUCUUACAUUAUUCAUGAUGGUCUGGACCUCACUAUAUUCUCACCCACUUAGGUGCCACGUCACUAUGUUCUAAUUGUGUCCAUUUACCUGCACUUUAUUUAUAUAUUUGAAGCCCUUUCAUUCUAUUUGCAUGCAAUUUCCAUCGAAAGAUCAAGCUGCCUUCCUGGAUAUUUCAGAUUUGUCUAAAUACGUGGUCAUGCCUUCGUGGCUUCAUGGCUUGAAGAGUAACACAGAUUGUACAAUUCAAUUGAUGAAUGUUAUUUUAACAUUAUUAGUGGAAAAAAUAGUUUCAUUGAAUAGUAAGGCUGUAAAUAAGUUCAUUUUAUUUGGACUUUGGUCUAAGUUUAUAUUUGCCAAUAAAUAUUAUUAUUCAUGCAGGAAUGCGGUCACAAAACAGCAUUCUAUCAUGGCAGCAUGGAUCCACAUCAAAGAGCAUACGUUCAGAAACAGUGGAGCAAGGAUGAAAUCAACAUAAUAUGUGCCACAAUAGCUUUUGGGAUGGGUAUCUUCCUCGUUUUCUCACACGGCAUUGCCUCCACACAAAUCUCCACUUUUCCUCACCGCAUAUGGUAACUUGGGUAUUUCAGGAAUCAACAAACCUGAUGUUCGGUUCGUUAUUCACCACUCUCUUCCAAAAUCCAUUGAGGGUUACCAUCAGGUCAAAUAUCUUUCUACGGGCACUGUUAGCAACUUAGAUCAUGGCGUAAUGCGUGUCAUCUCAUGUUGUCCAGGAGUGUGGACGGGCUGGAAGAGAUGGCCAGCGAUCAUCAUGCGUGCUGUACUACAGCUACAGUGACUAUGUCCGCUUCCAUCUGACUGUUCAUGGUGUUCAUUCAUAAAAUUUAAAAAAAAAAGGAAGAGGAAAAUCCCUUUGCGGCGCCUGAUUUUGAGCCCUGAUUACAGAUUCGCGUCAAGCAUAUGCUGACUCAAGGGGUGGUAGAGCAGAGUCCCUCGGCACUGGGGCCAAGGCGAAGCCAGAAUCCUGGGAGUGUGUUGGAAUCAAAUAUCAGAAAUCUCGCAUGCAUGGUGCCCGUCAAUGCUAUUAGUUUAUUUCAAUAAUUACUUUGAUAUUCAUCAGCUUAUAUGGAUCUUACUAUCAACAGGUAAACUAUUGUGAGAACCAUGCGGAUUGCAGACGUUUCUUACAGCUUAUCCACUUUGGGGAGAAGUUCGAUCCUGCAAAUUGCCAGAAGACUUGCGAUAACUGUUCAAGGAUGGUGAGCUGGAUAGAGAAAGACAUCACCCCCACUGCGAAACAACUGGUGAUGAUGAUUAUAUGAGCACACCAUUUCUUAGUUUGGCGUCUUUCAGCUGAAUGCGCGCUCAUCUGUUGACCCAUUUGUUUGACUUCGUGGAAUCGCACCUCCACAGGUCGAGCUGGUGAAGUCAACGGGGCAGCAGUGUUCUUCCUCCCAUAUUCUGGACGUAUACAGAGGCUCCCUCAGCCAAAAUGUACGUCCUCCCUGGAAUCAUAAUCUGUUCCUCGUCCUCUUCUACUCCACGAACGCUCCAGAUGACCCUCCAUGGCGUUCUAGGUAAAGAAACACAGGCACGAAAAUUUGGGCCUCCAUGGCGCCGGGAAGCAUUUGGGGAAGGACGAAGCAUCCAGAAUCUUACGCCACCUGGUUGUUGAAGAUUUCCUAAGGGAGGAAGUCAAGAAGAGCGACGUCUACGGAUCCGUUUCAUCGGUCCUGAAGGUACGCGCACACAGCUCACUUUCUCUAACUAAUCACCACACCACUCCUGCGGCUAAGUGUUUCCAAUUCGGUCUGUGGGCAGAUAAAUGAACCGAAGGUGAGCAAGCUUUGGUCCGGCGGGCAUCCGAUCAUACUGAGGUACACCUCCCCAUAUUUCUAUGAUGUUCUUGCUUCUUUAGCACCUUCAAGAAGAACCCAUUAAAAUAAAUAAAUAAGUAUAUAUAUAUAUAUAUACAUCUUGAGCAGCUUUGCGUUGGCUUUUUCAGGUUCCCGGCCCCUGCGAAGCCCUCCAGGUCUGCGGCUAGCAGAGCUGAGGAGACGCCGGCGAAGGGCUCUCUGGUGAAGACGACCGUUGCGGCAGCUCAGAGCGAAGUUGACCAGGUAGCCCUUCUCCUCGUCUUCAGAGUCUUGUUAUCUCUUCUUCUUUCCCUGUGAGGAGGAUGGGGAGAGCCUCACCCUCUGUUUCCUCGUUAGAAACUGUCGGAGAAGCUCUUCUCCGCUCUGAAGGCGCUUCGGACGACGCUGGUCAAGGAAGCGGGCGACGGCGUCAUGGCCUACCAUAUAUUCUUGUGAGCCCGUUGACCUUCGCCGCUCCCCCCAUUCCUGUUGUGCCGGCGCUGACCCACCAACCAUUGUAGGAAUGCCACUCUGCAGCAGAUCAGCAAGCGGCUUCCCAGGUCCAAGGAGGAGCUCCUCGAGAUCAACGGCAUCGGGAAGUAAGUUCUCUUCCUUCCGUGUGGCCGUCUCUUGGUCGCAAGUCUGCGUUGACUUAAAUGCGCGGCGCAGGGCGAAGGUGAGCAAGUACGGCGACCGGGUACUGGAAACCAUCGAGUUGACGCUCGAGGAGUUCAAGAGGACGAACCGGAGCGGUGGCGGUGCCGACAGUGGGGAGGCGGCAAAGAGGCGGAGGGGCUCGACGGGUGUCGGCGCGGGCGGCGCUGCCGGCGGCAACGACGACUUCAUCACCGAGGCUGUCGCCGAGUCAACGAAGAGACCCGCGAGGGCCCGCCAGAACCCCGUCUUCGAUCUGGAUUUGGACGGUCCUGAUGCGGCGAAGACGGCGGCGGAUCCGCAGAUCUGGGGAGGAAGCCCCGUUGGUAACCUCUUUCAGGAAUACGCAUUCAGGGGGGAGUGACGAUUUUCCUCCCCUCGCCGCUGACCGCUCUCACUGUAAACCUCCGGAGGCGGCGGGCAGCCCUAUUUAUUGCAAAACAUAGUUGCCUUCUUCGUAUGUACAUUCUUUCCUUCUCUUCAAAAUCCGGAGCCGAGUUGUCAAUGGGCCCAAGAUGAGCCCGGCCUGGGCUCUUUGUGUGCAUGUGAGAGUGAGAGAGAGAGAGAGAGAGAAUUUUCUGGACGUAUGGCCCAAACAGGCCCAUUUUGUCUAAUUGAGCUGAUAUUGGGCUUUAUAUGCCCAGCGGGAAGUGUGCUUCUCUCUCUCUCUCUUCCUGUAUGGACCCACCCUUGAUUUAUUGGGCCAAGAGGAUUGCACUUCUAAGCAUUCAUUUUAUUUGACCGUGGAGAAGCUCGUAUAUGCUUACGUCACAAACCACGUUUGACACCCACGAAACGCUGUUGGAUCAUAUUACGUUAAACUGGGCCUUCCUGGAUGAACUUUUCAAAACUGGGUGAUAAAACUUAAAAGACAAAAAUACCCUUACGUUGCAGCCGACUGUAAACUAGCGAGAGGAAGCUCCAGUACUCGGGGGGCCAGGUUCUCAGGACUCUGGUUCGCAUCGCCGCCAUCCUGUUCAGGGAAUCGAACCCUAGCUCCCGGAGUCUAGUUCCGAUGACUUGCGUUGCUCACAAAGGCUUCUACGAUUACACUUCCCACCUCCAGGUGUUCGGUCUUCUUCGAUUCCUUUCCGUUUGGCCAGUCUUCUUCCAAUACCAUCAUCUUUACGCCUCGAUGGUGAUUGCGUGCCUCCUUAUCCAUGUCUGAUUUUGUGGCAGGGGUUCAGGAAGUCCUGGGGAUCUAGGGGUUCCCUGGCUUUUCCUAGCGUAAGGAACAUACCCUCUCCAACGUCAGUUUCGACCCGGAGUAUCGACCUGAAGUGCCGUGGACAGUUGAGCGGAGACGGGGACAUGAACAAUUUAGCAUUGGCGGGCAGUGAUUUGGACGAGCGUCGUGAGUCUCCACCGAAUUUCGGUUGGUCUCUAAUUAUGUGAUAUUACAUCUCAAUCUCCAUCUCCGCCGUAAGGUUUUACAUUUUCUUUAAACCUGUCAUUUUCAGAGUCUAAAGAGAAGGAUCCCAGCAUAUCCACGAUACUAACUGGUUUUGACAAUUCCUUUGAUCCAUACGAUGCUCUUAGCACGCCUCUCUACCAAACUGCCACUUUCAAGCAGGUACUAAUGAGGAAACUUGCUCUCUUGCUAUGCUAGAGUCAUGUAUAUUACAGAUAGAAGGUAGGAUUCAUUUCAUCUCCAUCUUCAUCGUCUGCCAACUUCUAAUGCGUAUUGACAUCACGGAUAUGCUGUCCUAUUCUGUAAUUUAUCUUCAUACCACAUGCAUCUUAUAUCAUAUAUUUGCGUAAUUUAUCCUAUUCUGUAAUUUUUCUAGUCUUGGAUUCUUCUGAUGGUGUUUAUUUGUGCCAAAAAUUGAAAGAAACUUUGCUGGAAUUGAACUUUUAUUUUGGGUGUUUAAUUAAUAACGAAUUUUAAUGUUGGAAGUCAGAAACCCCUAUUCCUUCUUAAGUUAACUCCCUUACUAUUAAUAUCAGUGUUCACGCACAGUUGUUCAGGUGCACAACUUAAUUAAUUAUUGGCACUCAAAUAAUUUUCCAGCCUUCAGCAACAGAGAAUGGUCCUUAUGACUACACGAGAAGUGGAAAUCCAACUCGAGACGUUUUAGAAAGGUAUUAUUUCCAGGCACCAAUUGUGGUUGGUUGUGAUCUCCUCGAGCAAUUAGUUUAUUCCAUUUCUACUUCCUGCAAUCAGCAUGCUGUAAAGUUCUUAUUCCAAAAAUCAUCUUGCGCUGCAUGUGAUCAGUCUCCUGGCCAAGCUUGAGAAGGCUGACAGGGCGUUUUGCUUCACCAGCGGAAUGGCUGCUUUAGCUGCCGUCACCCACCUUCUUGAAGCAGGUAGUAUCCUCCCUCGUCUGGUUCAGGUGCUCGAUCUCCAGAGCAUGAUACAUCUGUUUCUGUUGCUGCUGACAAACUCUGGUAUCAGGCCAAGAAAUAG